AUGUCGGAAGCCACUACGCAGCUGACCGUGCAUCCAGAGUCUGUCCAAGAGUCUUCCAACAAGGUGCUGGUUUUGAACACACUAGAAGACAAUGACCGAGUGGGGGAGACAAAGCGCUUCUUGUUGCGAAAUGGUCAUGUCGACAUCUGUGAGGAGCUUCGCUCAUCCUCCGACGAUUUGCCGCUGGAGGGAGCCGAUGUUGCGAGCCUACCGUAUUCUGUGUACAGCAACACGCUGUGGGAUGGCUCGCUACUUCUUGCAUCAUUUCUGCGCUCUCAGCCAUGGCGCGUGUGUGGGCAGCGUGUUCUGGAAAUUGGCGCUGGAUUGGGUUUACCAUCCAUCGUUGCUGCUUCGCUGGGAGGGCACGUCGUGGCGACAGAGCAGUCGCCAUUGGACUUGCUGCAACGGGAGGUUCGUCGGAACAGGGAAGUCGUUGACGCCGCAAGGGGUUCCAUCGAUGUUCAGGAGUUGGACUGGGCUCAGCACCCGGAGGCCAUCAUGCAACGUCUUGGGUCCUUUGAUGUGGUCCUGGGGUGUGACAUUCUGGCUGGUGUGAAACCAGGCACUGAGCAUUUCCGCCAAAUCCUGGGCAUUGUCCACAGCGUUGGCGCGGCUUGGGCAACUUGCUUGCUGACCUGGGUACCGCGCUGCGGUGUCGAGAUCAAAAGCCUCAUGGCAGCUGUGGAAACUUCACUCCCAAGCUGGAAAGUAAUCUUUGUGGAUGGGUCGCUCUUGGAAGCUGCUUACAGGACAGAUGGUGCAGAGAUUCUGCUUCUGACAAGAUCUGGAAACCUUCUUUCACUGAAUGAUUUGGAUUAG